AGAUGGAGGACUGAUGACAACAAAUUUCUGAAUAUUUUAAUUAUUUCUGCAAUAUUUGGGUCACCCGAAAUCUUUAUCCAUUAUUGUUUUGUUUUUGUUUCAUUCCCUGAAGUCUGGAAAACACUUUUCAAAAUGAAUCGUGGGUAUUCAGGGUCAAACUAUGACCGUCAUGUUGAGAAUACCAACACCUCUACUCUACACAGAAUGAAAGAAACAUAUUGGACAACAAAACAGGCUGUUAUUAAAAAACUAGGCAAGAAGGAAGAUGAACAUGUGGUAGCUUCUGACUCACAAUUAGAUGCCAAGUUAGAGGUAUUUAAAGCAAUCCAGAGAUCUAGUAUGGAAUUAUUACGAGUCAUAGAAAGAUAUCAAGAUAGACUGUGUGCCAUAUCAAUGGAAGAAAAUGCAAUGGGACGAUUUUUAAAAUCACACAGUAAUUCUGAUAAAACACGAGCUGGUAAGAUGAUGGCAGCAGUCGGCAAAUCACAGAGUUUCUCAGCACAACAGAGAUUAGCUUUACGAGUGCCAUUAGUUAGACUGUAUCAAGAAGUUGAAACAUUUCGUUAUCGUGCUAUCUCAGACACCUUACUAACUAUUAACAAAAUGGAAGGAGCUCGUACAGAAUAUAGAGGCGCCCUCUUGUGGAUGAAAAAAGUCUCGGAAGAGCUUGAUCCUGAUAUGUAUAAGCAGUUAGAAAAGUUUCGAAAGGUUCAAACCCAAGUACGUAAAACGAAAGCUAAAUUUGACAAAUUGAAACUAGAUGUGAUGCAGAAGGUAGAUUUAUUAGCUGCUAGUAGAUGUAAUAUGUUUUCACAUGUACUAGCCAACUAUCAAACUACCUUGUUACAUUUCUGGGAGAAAACUUCACGCACCAUGUCGGCUGUAGCUGAAAGUUUUAAAGGAUAUCAGUAUUAUGAAUUUAACUUGUUAAAGGAAUUAGCUGAACCAUGUAGAGAAUUAUCAGAGAAAACUAGUCAAAGACAACCAGCAGAAAAAGAUACAGAUAAUACUGGUGAUGAAACUCAGAAUAGAUCAAAUAAUAAAAAAAUUUUCAAAGCAAAUUUUGGGAGAACCGUCUCUGGUGCUCCCUCCAUGAGAGGUUUGCGACAAAGAUGCCUCAAAGAGCUGCUGCAUUUUGAAUUCAGUCCAUUUAGUCAGUCUGCCCCUACAGAAGACCUAGAUAUGGAAGAAGAUAAUGAUAAAGAUGACAUGACGUUGCUCAAUGAGAUUAUGAACGCUCCGUCCACUGGCGGGGACGAGUUCACUCAAGAAUGGCAGGCGGUGUUCGGCAUCAAUCAAGUCAGUACACCUACAAGUAGCCUGGUGCCUGCAGAAACUGACCAAUCGAAAGAAUUUAUGCCAUCUAGUCUAUUAGACAUGUCUUCUUUGAUGGGAUUACAGCAACCAGUUGGUGGCAGUUCACACACAGGAUUAUCUACCCCUACAUCUCAACCACAGCAGACGACAAAAUCAAAAUCUCAAACGCAACAACCUUCCAAAAAGAAUCCAAAAUCCGACAUGUCGGCAUGGUUUAACUUAUUUGCUGACCUUGACCCUCUAUCUAACCCUGACGCAAUUGGUCGAAAACAAAACGACAUGGCAGAGAUGUAAAUAGCAGUCUCCUAAAUAAAAUGGUCAACUGUAUAAUUUGACUUUCUUAAAAACAGGGGGCCACUCGAUUGGUGAGUUCUGCACGUUCUGGAUUGGAAUCAACUGGAUGUUCAAUAAAACAAGUUAGAACAGAGAUCAGAAUGCGGUCCACGUGUUUGACAGAAUUCAAAAUGGCGGAAAAGGCAAUAGAUGGACAAUUUUGAAUGUGACACAUUCUGCUCCAGUACAGCACAAUUGAAGGUAGAAUUGGAACUGACAGAACCUGUUCAGUACUCUCCAAUCGAGCGCCACCCAGAAGAAAGAUUAUACUUAUAUAAAACUUAACAUGGUUUAAUCCACUGUGGAUAUCAUAAUUGGAUGGUUUAAAAUGUUCUGAUUGGUCAAUCUAAAUGUAACUGAUCAAUCUACAAGAGGGGUAUGAUAUCAUAAUUUAAAAGGAUUGUAAAGAGUUUUUCUAAAUUUUGGGGACACUGAUAGCAACAAUUUGCACCAUUCCAAUUUUCAAUUAGAUGUCCGUGGUUUCUGCAAUUCCACUAAAACUAAAUGUUUCAUGACUUCACUGAUAGCAAAAUAUGCUUGAUCACAUUAAGGCCCUUUGCGAUUAGUGACAUCAUUAGGCACUUUGUUUUAGUAGAAUUGCAGGAAUUACAGGUGUUGGAAUGAAAAUUGGAAUAUUGCAAAAUGAUGCUAUCAGUGUAUUCGAUACACAUAAAAAAUAUAGUAAACUUCUUUACAAUCCAUUUGGAAACAUUCCUAUUGGUCAAGUUAAAAGUAUAACUGACCAAUCAAAUGUGGUAUUAUUAUGAAAAAAGUUUAUAAUUUUCUUGUUCUUUUAAAGAAAGGGGAAUAUUUUUGUGCAUAAUAUUGUUGUCUAUUUAAAAUUGCUUAUUUAUUUCAAGUGCAAUAUUUACUGCACAUUUGUGGGAUAUAAACAUUGGCCUAUGAAAGGCUUAAAGUCCCAAAUUUUAUGAGCUAUAUUUAUCUCAAAUAGGACAUAAUAUCUUAAAUCUGGAAUAUUGUCACAGAGGUUUCAAGUUCUCAGAAAUAUUAGUCAUUUAAGCCAAUUUCUUGCAAAAACUCAAAUAUUAGACUGAAACAUCUGCCUCUAUUCCAGCCUGGGAUAGUUAUUUUAAAAUCUGUUGGCUGGUGUAUAGACAUAAAAAUUAGACCCUGUUUUAUGGGGAUUUCAUGAAAACGCCUAUAAUUAUAUUAAUUUAGCAAUUUAAGCUUGACAAUUGUUCACAACCUCUGAAAUAUGUUAAUCAUUUGAGUCUUAAUAUAUGUGCAUAAAUUAUCAUUAUUUUUGUGUUGUGUUUUACUUUUCUAAUUUAUAAAAAAAAAAAAAACUCACCAUGUCCAAUUUCUUUGUUUUGUCUAAUUAUUUUGUUAUACUUUUUUGGUAUUAUGUUUUUUUUCGUUUAACUGACAUUCCUGGGGUCUUAUUCUCAAAAACUUAACUUAAGAUGGUAUUAGUGUUCCAGUCAAUUGAUUGGUCAAUCACAAUAAUCAAUUUUAGGACAUCCAAUCAGAUUAUUGUAUUUCCUAAAAUCUGGAUUUAAUCUUAAAGGUAUACUGCCUCUUUGAAUGACCCAACAAGUUGAAAUUUUUAAACUUUGUUAAAAUGAGUCUUUGUUCAUCAGUGGACUUACCUGGUGUCAUAACUAUACAACAGAAUCUCUCUAUAAUCUAAUAAAUCUAUAAAACUAAGUAAUAAUUCAUUAAACUAAGUAAUUUUGAAACAUGCUUAGAAGAGUUU